GCCAGGGACGGAAUGACCAUUUGGAAACUCUGGCACUGCCCGAGGGCCCGGGGUCAGUAGGGGGCCCCAUGAGAUGCCCUUGGUACCUUUUUCAAAGGCUUUUUUGAGUUUGGGCAAGGACACAGGGGCCCAUGAUCCCCUAUUGCCCGGAGGCCCCAUGAGUUGUCAGUCCGCCCCUGGUCUAAGCACUACCCUGUGUUCACCAGACCUCCUGAUGGUGAAUGAUGGUGUUGCUGUUUGUUACCCGGGGUCAGUAGGGGGCCCCAUGAGAUGCCCCUGGUACCUUUUUCAUAGGCUUUUUUGAGUUUGGGCAAGGACACAAGGGCCCCAUGAUCCCCUAUUGCCCGGGGCCCCAU